AUGUCGUCUGCUGAGAAGAUUGCUAAACAGGCUCGUGUGGCUGGUAAUGUGUUGAAGACUAUCUCGGAUGAGAACAGGUCGAAGAUAUUGUACAGGAUCCGUGAUGCGUUGGCCAAUGCGAAGGAUGAGAUAGAGAGCGCGAACAAGGAGGAUUUGGAGCAGGCCAGGGCUGGUGGUUUGGCUGACUCUCUAGUGAAGAGGCUAGACCUUUUCAAAGGUGACAAGUUCGAUGUGAUGUUGCAAGGGAUAAGCGAUGUCGCUGACUUAGAGGACCCAGUAGGGAAGGUUAAGAUGGCUAGAGAGAUCGACAACGGUUUGAUGCUAUACCAAGUGACCGCACCAGUGGGUGUCAUCCUUGUCAUCUUCGAGUCCCGUCCAGAAGUUAUCGCCAACAUCACCGCGUUGUGUAUCAAGUCCGGUAACGCGGGUAUCUUGAAAGGUGGCAAAGAGUCCGUCAAUACAUUCAAGGCAAUGGCUAAAGUUGUCAACCAAACUAUCGAGCAGUACAAGGACGAAACCGGUGUUCCAGUGGGCGCUGUCCAACUGAUCGAGACCAGACAAGACGUGUCCGAUUUGCUGGGCCAAGACGAGUACAUCGAUCUAGUUGUCCCUCGUGGAUCCAACAGUUUGGUCAGACAAAUCAAAGAUAGCACAAAGAUCCCUGUCUUGGGCCAUGCUGAUGGUAUCUGCUCCAUUUACGUGGAUAGAGACGCUGAUCUGGAGAAGGCUAAACGUAUUGUACUAGAUGCAAAGACUAAUUACCCAGCUGGUUGUAAUGCUAUGGAAGGUCUACUUUUGAACCCAGACUUCUCACAAUGGGAUGAUGUCCUGCACCAUUUGAUAACCGAAGGUGGUGUCACAAUUCAUGCAACUACUGAUGUCAAGGAAGCAUUUUUGAAGAAACUACAGGAUUCAGGUAAACUAAAUGAUGAUAUUAAGGCUAAAAUUGUAGAUGCCAAGGAUGGUGACUUUGACAAGGAAUUUUUGUCUCUAGACUGCGCUGUUAAAUUUAUCCCAAACACAGUUGAUGCUAUAAAUCACAUCAAUGAACACUCUUCAAAACAUACAGAUGCUAUUAUCACAGAAAGUAAGGAAGAUGCGGAAAAAUUUUUGAAAGGUAUUGACUCAUCAGGUGUAUACUGGAACGCUUCUACAAGAUUUGCAGACGGUUUCAGAUACGGUUUUGGUACGGAAGUUGGUAUUUCUACUUCAAAGAUUCAUGCUCGUGGUCCUGUGGGUCUUGAUGGAUUAGUAACUUACCAAUACCAAAUUAGAGGUGACGGUCAAGUUGCUUCCGAUUAUUUGGGUGCUGGUGGUAACAAGGCCUUUGUUCAUAAAGACAUUGAUGUGACCAACAUCAAAUUAUGA